AUGUGGCAGCACGGCAAAUCGGUCUGCGGUGGAGACAAACCCUACAUUUCACCGUCGGAGCUGGAGCGCCGUCACGCUGAGCUGCGGCAGGCGUCGGUGCGGCACUUCCGCUCCGUUAAGAAGAUGGGCGGCGAAGAUUUCUGCCGGCGCUACCAGGAGCAGCUGGAGGCGGAGCUUGACGAGGCCUACUCCAACUUCAGCAAGCACAAUGACGGCAAGAACAUCUUCUACGCCGCGCGGACGCCUGCCACGCUGUUUGCCGUCAUGUUCAUCAUGUACGUGGUGUCACUGGUCACGGGCUUCGUGGGCAUUAACUCCGUGGCCACGCUGUGUAACCUGGUGAUGGGCAUGGCUCUGACGGCGCUCUGCGUCUGGGCUUACGCCAAAUACUCCGGAGAGUUCCGUGAAGUGGGAGGAGUCAUCGACCAGGUGGCUGAAACCCUCUGGGAACAGGUUUUCUCCAAACUCUUCGAAGUGGCUCGGAGUCGAGUCCCGUUGGGAAGCCUGAUCCCGGCGCCGCGUCCCCGGCUGGCCUCAAACAACAAUGUCAAGAAGAAAAACUAGCAGCACGCCAUCUUGUUCCCGUCACGUUUAUCCCCCCUCUCCCUCACUCUCCGCUCGGUUUUGAAACUUUUUAGGACGGUUUGAGACGUGUAAAUGAGUUUUUGUUCUCUGACUGUAGAUGAAGGUUCCUUGCCGUGCCGGCUGUAGGUUUAAGGACUCGCCGUAGACCCGGAAGAAGCAGUGUGGUGUAUUUUAUUAUUUGUCAGUGGGCGGGGUUAAGGUAUUUAUUGGUGGGAGGGGCCAUUAUUCUAUCACCGAGUGUUGUCCCAGGUGUGUGUUCACCUGCUGGAUGACUCGACAUUCCCUUUUAUGUGAAUGUAUGAAUGAAGAGCAUGACCACAGAGCCCUCCUUAUGGUUCCCCUCCUCUCCUCCCUCCUGUUGUCUCCGUCAGGUCGGUUUCUGUCGCAGGGCGGCGUCACGAGGAGGAGUCACAACCAAAGUUUACAGCUUUACUCUUAGAGGCUCUCAGACUGAGCAGACUGACAAACUACAGCUGACCGAACGCUUUUAGGACUUCAACAGCUGCUCGCUUUCUGGGAAAAGUUUAUAGUUUUUCUUACUCAGAAUCACAAACUCAUGGAAAAAGGAAAAUGUGCUUGAACAGUUCUACCUCUAGCCACGAGGAUGUUGAAAACUAAACUUUUAUGUCAUUUAUGAUUAAAUGACCAAAAAAUUUGUCAGGUUAGAGGAACAACAAAUACUUGAGCAUGAAAAUUCGUUCUCAACCAAAUAUCUGCGGCAAAUGUUCACUCGUGCCUCUUGUUCACCACAUGGUCCAACUCUCCUCUUUUUUGCUAACGGCUCCUUUUAUCUUUGUGAUUUUACACUUCAGAAAGUUCCCUUCAGUGUGGGCGGAUUUCCUCAAAUUUGCCCAAACGUCUACUCUGAGUCAAGGAUGAAGCGUUUAGACUUUGAUGGUCAUAGGUCAUGGCAUUGUCACUUUGUGUCUAAUUCUCGUGAACACGAUAUCUCAAGAAAGCCUUGAGGGAAUUUCUAUCUCAAUAAGACCUUGAGGGAGUUUCCUCAAAUUUGGCACAAACAUCCAUUUGGACACAAGAAUGAACCGAUUACAAUGUGGUGGUCGAAGGUCAAAGGUAACUGUAACCUCAUUAACCAUAACUCACGAAUUUGAAGGCUAAUUAUGACAAAAUUCCACACAAAUGUUUAAAAGGAUAAAAAUAAAGUGAUGACGUCUUAUAUUUUAAAAAGGUCAAAGGUCAAAAACCAGUCUGCAAUGUCCUCCACCUUCUAAUAUUGGUUUUAGUUACUUGAAACUUGGACUGAAGUACCAAAAAAGUUUACUAAUGGAAAACCACAAAAAGGAAGGCAUCGGUGCUUCUUAAAGCUGUCGACCGUAUCGUGAGGCUCACUGAGUAACUGUUAGUUCAGCAUGUUAGCGUUGCUCAUCUUCAUCAUUGGUUUCCAGUUUUUAAAGUCUUUAACGCUGCUGUGGGAGCAGAUAACAGGAGGCUUCUCCGUAAGAUUUGACAAUUUAUAUUUUAGAUACAGAAAUGACAGUGUGCAGGUGAACUAGUCCGUAUGAGUCACUAAAACAUUCUUACGAACCUUAGGAAACCAAGCUAAUCAUGAUUUGGCUUAAAUCAACAUCGCAUUUGAAUCUGCUAAUUUAAGAUAAAUACACAGGAAUCCGAUAGAAACAGGCGUCCUCCGUGUGCUCGACUCGUUCUGAGUGGAUAAUACGUUUCCUGCAGACAGCUUCUGUUUUAAACGGGACGUCCAUGAGUUUGUCGACUCUGUGAAAGUGGAACUGUAACCAAAAUGAGCUGAAUUUCGUUUUGAUUCGAUUGAUCUUUAUUUUCAGUAUUAACCUCUUUCUUUGUGUUUCCGGUUUACUUCAAAGGCUCAUAGUUCAGUGAGAUGUUCAGACCUCCUGUCUGGACUCUGUGACUGUUCUUUGGCAAACAGUUUAUCUUUCCGCCUCGGCUCCAGCGCUGCACCUUAAAGGGAUAAUUCAGGUUUUUUUCAGUGGGGUUGUAUGAUAUAUCUAUAGUUGAUGUAUCACCUACAGUAGAUGUUAGUUGGCUCGCCCCAGUUUGGAGAAGAAGUACUGACAGAGAAGCUAAGCAAUGUCCUGCUGUGGACGGAGGCAGCAACGACACACAUUUUAGCCACCAAAAAAUAAUCAGUUUAAGUGUGCGCUUUAAUUUAGAACAGGACAUGUUAGCUGUACGAGAGACAGAGCAGGGACACCCCACUAAAUUUAUAUUUUAAAAAAUGAUUUGCAUACUAAACUGGGCCAACAACCGCAUCUAUAGUGGCUCACGAGAGUGUCCGCUUUCAAUAAUAACAGUUAAUGGACUAACGUUUCAGUCGCUGUUAGCGAACUAGUUCAGCUCGCUGUUAUGGAGAAGAGCUGCACUGUGAUUUAGGGUGAGCUAGCUCACAACAGCACAAAAAUGAAUAAGGGUCUAUCAUCGGUGUUGUAAACUGCAAAUCAAGUGUUUUUUUGCCAACAGGCUAACAAAAGCUAGCCAACAUUGUUAGCGAGUGAACGGACAGAAAGCUCUGACUUUGAGCAUCAGUGUGACUUGAGUGUGCGCUUUAUUUUGUCACCACUUUGCCUUGCGGGGAAUAUGGCACAGCUGGUAUCCGUAGUUUGUAUCAGUGAGCGACUUUGGUAUUUCAGUGUCUUUGUUUGGAUUCAGAGCUAAACUUACUGGUUUCUGGUGGCUUUGACGAAAAAAGACAACGGCUUCAGAUUGACGGAAAAUGCUUUUUGAAGUCGAGGUAAAACGAUGAAAAUAGUCCAAGCAUAGCACACACUUAAACUGAGUGGAUUUUUUUUGUCUUUAGGUGGGACUGUUUUCAGUAGUUUAUGUUUUGUCGCUGACUCUGUCCACCACGGGACAUUGCUUAGAUUCGGUGUCAGUACUCCUGUCUGCUUCUCCAAACUGGGGCCGUGCUAACCUCCGUUUACUCCACUUAAAAACAUCUAAAUUCUUCCUUUAACGUACAACAAAAAGAUUGGCAAUUCUCUCCAAAAAAGAAACUAAAUACUAUGAACUUUUGAAGUCUUUAGUAAUGUCAGGAUUAUUAUUUUUGGAUAUCAUAUUUAACCUGGCGGUUCAUUCCUCCGGAUCUGACUGCCAGCGAUUCACAGAAUAAAGCUUUUAAAUUAUUUCAGUCCAGUUCAGCUGAGACCUUGUCGAUAAUAUUUAAUUGUUAUUUAACUCGUGUUAUUCCCUCUCCGUCAUUCCAUCUUCACCUUGACUGAACCACCUCCUCUUGUUUUUAAAGCACCACGAGCCGUUUAGUUAAAACACUAAAAACCACGUCGCCACAGACGUAUAUCAUGAGCACUUUGUGAAGAUGGAGUCAGUGUUUCUGUUUUUUAAGCCAAAAUCCGACUGAAAGGUUCAUUCCGAACAUCGACCUCAUCAUGUUUUCCUGAAUCCUGUUUCCUGAGUUUAAUCAUCAUUCCAUCCACAAACAUCACCACUGUGUGCUUUUUGUUUUUGUACAGUUUAGUUUUUUACAUCCACACUUAGGGCAUGUGUAUGAAAUAUAUACAUAUAUAAAUAUAAAUUUUCUAGACCUUUUUGUAGCUGGAGGAACAACGGUUUGGGUGGUAGACCAGAUUCAGCUCACUGGAUGUAAAGGAAUGCUUUCGUGAUUUGUGGAUAUGUCUAAUAAAUUCCUUUUUUAUAUAUAUAUUUGUAAAUUUAAUCUUACAUGAGCACUGCGAUUCCACCCCCUGCUGGCAAAGAAUGUUUAUAAUCUGGAUUUUUUUUCUUCUUUUUGGGGUCUUCUGUUGCAUUUUAAAGUUAUUUUCGUUAAUUUAUUUUUCAAUACAAUAUUAAACCAAACUCCUACAACACA